AUGCGCUCCGAUCUUGAGUGGUGGCUGGACAACGCGAACCUGUUGAGGGGCUCCCCUCUCCAGUCUCAUCCACCUGAUCUGCUCCUAUUCACGGACGUAUCCAAGGAAGGAUGGGGCGUGCACCUACUGCAACACCUGGCUUUGGGCCUAUGGUCCAACCAGGAAUGUAAGAUCAUAUCAAUGUGCUGGAACUUCAAGCUGCCUUCCUGGCACUCCAGCACUUCAGCUCAGUUCAUUCCAGGCAAAUGGAACAUCGUGCCGGACAAUCUGAACAGGACGACGCAGAUCGUUGGCUCUGAAUGGUCUUUGGCUCCUUGGAGAGCGAACAAAGUCUUGACUUUGGCGGGUUCCACGACAAUAGACCUGUUUGCUACAGCUCUAAAUCGGAAGUUGCAGAUUUACUGCUCUCCAGUUCCAGAUCUCGCGGCAGCGUUCGAGGACGUGUUCCAGCACCCCUGGGACAGCCUUGACAUCUAUGCUUUUCCACCAUUUUGCCUGAUCAGGCAGGUGUUGAAUCAAGUGCGAUCCGCACCUUCCCUAGCCAUGAUGCUAGUAGCGCUGAAAUGGCCUCACGUAGAAUGGUACCCAGACCUCCUACUUCUGCUGGUAGAGACUCCGAGAGGGCUUCCACCACUCUCUGACAUCCUAUGCCAACCACAUGUGAGGAUCUUCCAUAACGCGGUGAGCUUUUUACAUCUUUACGUGUGGAGGUUAUCCAGCAGCGUCUCACAGCGAUCGACUUUUCACGAGAGGCUGCAACAGCAAUGUCAGGAUACCUCAGGAAGUCCUCAACGUCUGUCUAUCAGACCAAGUGGGCCAUCUUCUGUGGUUGGUGUCGUCAGAGAGGCCGUUCUCCUCUCGGAGCCUCUAUCCCCUUGA